AUGUUCCGGUGUAUUCCUUGUCUGAACACCAAGGGCUUCUUGGAGAACCUCACGUUCCAUGUACGCCAAAACGCUCUGUCCUCUCUUCCUUCAAGGUUUUUCAACGGUGUGAUGCCUUCCAUGGGCCUGUGGUUUCUGUAAUAUCGUCUUGGCGUGACAUCAGGUAAAGGAGGAGCCAUACGACGAGCACGGCCCACCGCAGACAGCGGCGACAAUUGAAGUGAUGAAGGAGGCGACAGAGAGGUUGAAGAAGAAGAGGAGAGAGAAGAAGAAGAAGCAGCAGAUGAUGACGGGCGAUGGUGGUGCAAAAGGAGGUCGCGUUGUGCAAGAGAGUGAGGGGGGAGAGGAAGAGGACGAAGAGUGGGUGGCGGAGGUCGACAGAGGAGUCCUCCUAACCUUAGUUUCUCUACCCCAAGGGGGUAACCGGAUCGAGAAGAUACGCUUCAGGUUCGUCUCGCCCGCCCCUUCCGCACCAACUUUCUCUACCAUUACCUUUCUUCCUUUAGAGCCCGACGUAGCUCAGACACUCACACAUACUCGUCGCGUGCACUUCACUUGGACACACAUUAUGGAGAGCGAGAGGGAGGGAGGAAGAGAGAGAGAGAGCCCAAGUACGCCAUGACGUGUGAAAACAUUGUAGAUGGUGACUGAUAGCUGUUAUACAAGUCAAGUCAUCUUUUUUUACUUGGAUUCCCCUCCACAGGAAGGACAUGUUCGACUUCUCAGAAGCCCACCGAUGGUGGAACGAAAACUGCGACAAAGUCCUGGAUCUUUACUGCGUCCAUCCUCCGUCUUCGCAGCCCGACCAAGAGGUAAACCCCCCCCCCCUCUCACGUUGAUCACAUUUGACUAAAAUUCGAAGACACAAAGAGGGUAGAAACAUCCAUGAUGAUGAUGAUGAUGAUGAUGAUGAUACAAACUAAGUAAUCCCGCUAAAAAUGUAUUAUGGGUCCUGUUCUUAGAUUCAACCGUGAUGUUUAAGAGGGAGGAACCAUGCCCAAAUAUGUAUGUUAAACUAUGUUGUAAGAAAAAAUGUGGUGCAACUUAACUUUGAAGAUUUGGGAUACGAGGGCAGAACAACUGUUAGGGAGGCAUGUCUCAGCCGUGGAACGUGUUCAUAUAUGGAAUGGGCGGGACUGCUUUAUUUUUUACUCCGACUGUUUUCACCGUUUCACAUGGUUUUCCUCGGAUUUCCUCCCUCUGCCCCGUCUGAAAUCUUCUAUAUAGAGCCCGGGCAAAUCCGCGAGGGAAGGCAGCUUCCCGUGGGCGGCGGGAAGCUACACGGAAUACCUCUCCGCCGGCUCGUCGUCGUCCUCCUCCUCGACCUCCUCCGGCGCCGCCGGGGUGGGGCCGGAGAUGCGGGUGGUGGUGCCCGGGCGGCUCGUGGAGUCGGUGGUGGAGGAUCAGCCGGGUGUGUUCCUGAUCGUCCGAUGCUCGCCGGACGGCGGCAAGGAGCUGCGGCGAGUGCUGUUCAGGUGAGCCAAAGCUCGCGCCCCUUGGAGUAUUCACCCAAGAGAGAAUCCCUGCGAGUCUAACGUGAGGAAUUUGCCCGCAGCUGCGAGAGGUUCGGCGAGGUGAAGGCGAGGGUCUGGUGGGAGGAGAACAAGAUGAGACUGCACGGGGAGUACACUCUGAAACACCUGCGCCUACAUUCAACGUUGAUUUGCGAUGGAGCUUAG